GGUAUCAUUGGAGCUUGGUUUCAACCACUGCACAAGGCACCCGUCGUUGGGGGAGGGCGUGCUUGUUCCUCUUCCUCCUACCACGGCAUAGCACAGCCGAGGUCCCGAUCCGAAAUUCCCCACGAUCUAGCCGUGCUCUCUCCCCUCAACGGCGCUCCCUUCCUCCACGGUGCUAAUCCCGGCCGGUUGCGCCGCCGCUCUGUCUCUCCCUCGACGGCCGCGCUAACCCUGCCCGGCUGGCGUCGCUGCGUCACUACAGCGCCAACCCAGGGGCCAGGGCCGGCCGCCUCGCUCCGUGACUUCCGCGACGGCAGUGAUCUCCUCAGCCGUUGCAAGCUGUACAAUUCCGCUUCAUUUGUCCGCAUGAUCAGAAGUGAUAGUAAGAGCAGUGUUCCUGGACUAAAACGCAAGCGCUUCUGAGAAAUUUAGGAGGCAUACAUGCAUAAUGAUAUUGGAAUGGUGUCUAGCAGAAGGAAUUCCACAGGGGCAUUCCACCGAGACGGCCAGGCCAAGGACUGGUCCCAGUUUGCUGACCCCUCGCCAUCUCCUAAAUUGCUAUAUUCGCAGUCGUACGUCGUGAUGAGGGGGCUGCUGGCUUCGUUGGCCUCUCUGGACUUUGUUUUGUGGUCAAGCAGGCUCAGAUCCACAUGGCGAUCGCCCGAGAGAUCAAAAUCUAAGUGCCUGAUCUGCAAGAGAGUUGCAUUUCGGCUGUUUGUAUGUUUCUUGGUCGGCAUCUUCAUUGGGUUCACGCCAUUCUUCUCGGUUGAUGUCUCCCAGAAGAUAGUCUCAGAGCUUCCAUUCGAUAAUGGGGUGGUUGAGAGGGAAAUGGUGGAUGGUAAAGUUAAGGAAUUGGAUGCAAUCGUAGUGCAGAAAGAGGUUGAGGUGAUUGACGAGCCUGAGGUUGAAGAGAGUCCUCCGGUUCCUCCAAUGUUGGAUGAUGAGGUUGAUUUUGUCGAAGCAUCACGUGCAAUACCCGCUAUUAAUGAUUUGGUCAUCCCAGUGAGGAAGCUUCUGAUAGUGGUGACAGUCACUUCUGUUCGGCCACAACAGGCGUAUUACUUGAAUCGUCUAGCUCAUGUUUUGAAAGGUGUGCCACCUCCUCUUUUAUGGUUAGUGGUGGAAUGGCCUGGUACUACCUUUGAGACAGAAGAAAUCCUGAGGUCUUCUGGGGUUAUGUACAGGCAUCUUGUCUGCAGGAAGAAUAUUACCAGUGUACGGAAGAUUGCUGUCUGUCAAAGGAAUAAUGCAAUCUAUCAUAUUAAAAAGCACCACCUUGAUGGUAUAGUGCAUUUCGCUGAUGAAGAGCGAUCAUACAUGGGUGAUGUAUUUGAAGAAAUGCGGAGAAUCAGGCGCUUUGGCACAUGGCCUGUAGCAAUCCAUGAUGGAAGUAAGUACAGGGUUGUUUUAGAAGGUCCAGUGUGUAAAGGUAAUCGAAUCACUGGAUGGAACACAAUUCAGAAGAAGGGUGCACCUCGUCGGUUCCCUAUUGGUUUUUCUGGGUUUGCUUUCAACAGUACAAUGCUCUGGGAUCCUCAGAGGUGGAACCGCCCAGCUUUGGAUUCUGUCAUCGUCCACUCUGGUGGAAGAGGCGGUUUGCAGGAGUCACGAUUUAUUGAGAAGCUUGUUAAAAGCGAGCGUCAGAUAGAGGGUCUUCCAGACAAUUGCAACCGAGUUAUGGUCUGGAAUUUCAACUUAGAACCUCCCCGACUCAACUAUCCCGCCGGAUGGUCAUUGUGGAACAACCUUGAAGUCGACAUACCUGUAACAUAAAAGUUGCCGCUGCUGUUGCUGCGUUGUGUCCGCUAUUCAAUCUUGUAUACAGUUUUCAUUUAUACAUAAAACUACGUCACAGCUAACACGAUUGUGGAUAUGUUUGAAUGGUUAAGGAGACAGGCUCGGAAUCUGUUGGGAUUGCGCUGGUCUGAAUCCUGCUGUGGACGAACCAUCGCUUCCUUUUCCAAUCCUUUUCUGUUGAGCUUAUCAGCCAGGGGCUCCUUAGUUCCCUUUUAAGCA